AAACACCCGAACACAGAAUAAUUCAAAUUCGUGAGGCUAUAAAUUAAAAAGGGACACGGAACGAGCGAGUGGGUGGGGGGCCAAAGAUGUGACCGCAGUUGGAGUUGUAGGCAUCAUUGUGUCAUGCCGAGAGUAGCGGCUCUACAUGAGCUCGUCUAGUCUGAUUUGGCCGGGCAGAGAUGUCUCUUGGUCGUCUUCGACUUGGAUGAUGUUGUCGCAGUCGCUAGUUUCAUAUGCAUGCAAUGGAGCGUGGCCUAAUGCGAUGUUGUUUGCCGCAGAUUCAUGUGCACGUUCGUCGGUUAAGAGGUGAUAGUUCCCAGACUAAAGGAGCUUCACCUUCUCCGGUAAAACCCACUUUUAUAGUUCGAUUUGGUCACCAACCCCGAGUUGUUCUGUUUGCUUAAAUUACCUGUUGCCUUUGCCCAACUGUCACAUCAAAUUAAAUUGGAGCGAGAAUUUAUGCGAGACCAGCUGAGAAAAGAAGGGUUUUCUUUUUCAGGGACCCAUUGAAAAGUACAUUAUAUAUUAAUCAUAUAAAGGCUGGCAGUUGCCUUUGUUAUUUAUUAACAAAAUAUUAUUAUGUAUUAGGUAUAUUGUAAAACUCAGACACCCACUGUAAGAGUAUCCUGUUGACAACCCAUUGCGCAGCUGCAAACAGUGUUAUUCCUAAAUCUGAGCUGGAAUAUCUUGCUGCAAUGAGCUCAUUACCCAAGGAGCAAGACAAUGGAACAGGCGUACAGUACAGCUUCCCGACUGCGAUGGAUUUGCGUUUGUGGAUUGGCCAUUUCGGUGUAUUCACUGUAUGUCAAAAUGAAACUGAAAGAGGAUGAGAACUAUAGGCCAAUGUGCGAUGUAAAUGAGAAUAUAAGCUGCUCGCUAGUUUUUAAAUCGGGCUAUGGCGAUGGCUUUGGUCUGGCUAACAUAACCCAAGUAAAUGCGCCCAACGGAGCCAUCGGUUGUAUAUUUUAUAUCCUGUACUUCCUGAGUUCUUUCUUCAAUCAUCGUUGGCUGUGCCUGUUCCAAUUGAUCAUAUGCACUCUGACAUUACUUCUUUGCGUUUAUCUGGGUUUCCUGCUGCUUUUCGUGUUUUACGAUUGCUGUUUGGUGUGCGUGACCAUCUAUUUCAUACACACAUGGCUCUUUCAGGAAGUCCUAAGGCGAUAUAGACGGCUUUAUAUGUAAGAUUUGUUAACAACAAUGUUAAGACAUGCUAAGCUGAAAUUAUGAAGAUAAAUCCCUGAGAUGAGCUACUAACCAGUGAGUUAUUUUAAACUGUCAACGUGCCAUGGCGAAUAUCUCAAUCUUCAUCAGUCGUUUUUUGACCCACACGUCUGGCUAAAAGCAGGAUGCUGAGCCGGCAGCUACCAUUCCAACUCCCAUGACCAAGCACGUAGUGGGGCAAUUAAUUCUGCACGUUCCCAUUUGCCGGCGAAGGCUGUGAUCUGCGAUCCAUAAUCCGCGAAUGGCGCUACUGCCAAGUGAAGUUAACCAAGCUAGCCAAGUUAAUACGGUGGGCGGACUGCGAAAACUCGUCGCAAUUAAUUUCCCAUAAGUUCGGGAAUCCCUUUGUGUGGGGGCUGCUGUUCCGAUUUGGAUGGGCUGAGUAACUAAAUCAAUGGAUGUGUGGCAAUCUGUACUGUGUGGAUGAUGUAUCGCAUACCCUUGCAGAUUUUAGUAUCUAUGAUGAAAAUAGUUGGAGAUAAAAGAAAGAUAUGAACAUGAAUCUCAACUUUAUAGAAUCUUCGUUUUAAGCAUCACUCAUAGCUUGAAAUUGUAUCUUACAACUCGCACAGAUGAUCAAUCUUGAAGAAUUGCCAUGAAGAUUGAGCUGUCAUUUGGUUACACCAAGCUGCUCUGGAUCUAGUUGGAACAUAAUCAAUGCAAUUAGUCUCAGUGAUUCCAGUUUACAUAUUAUCUACAUACCCUUCAUUUUCAAUUGAUUCUCUGAUCUUUGAGCCAUCGCCACAAUCUCCAAUCUGCGAUCGACUCGACCCUUCUACACCCAUCAGACGCAUCUGGGGAUCCUACACCCAAUUGGGGUCGUCGUUGGCACGAUCGUCUUCAAUGUAUCGCUGGGCUUUUUAUUAUUAUUUUUCCUUUUUCGUCGCUGACAAGACAAGGCAAACAAAUGCAAACUUUGGCGCUUGUCAUAGUAA